ACAUGCAGACGACACGCGGUUUCAAGGAAUAAACAAUUCAAUUGCAAAUGAUACCUUAAAUGUACGCUAAAAAAAAGUUAAACUUCUGCUUAAAUCACAAUACAAUCAGUGACCUCUCGUCAUGUUAUGAAAUAUUUAAAUAUCAACCAAUCAGAAGAAGGCAUUACAGUGUAAUAGGCUGCGUUAUCGAUUAAAAUCUACCUGCGGUAUACAGCGGGCACGGCGAUUGGAAUGGAAAAUAUUACCUACAAUUAUAAUUUUCUGGCAUCACAAUGACCCAGUCAGUGAGCACAAAUGAUGUUGCUGCAUUGAUGGCCCUCAUUGACAUGAUCCGCUUGAACUGGGAAGAACAGCCAGAGAUGUUCAGGCUUCUGUUGGCCAUCCUGAUGGAUUACAAUCCAAACAUACAGGGAAAUAAGGAAAGGACCACUCGUUACUUGCGGCUCUUGAUAUCUGAUCAGGUUACAGCAAACUGUGUCCUCAAGUCACUUCCUCAAGGUUCACCCAAGAGACAGUGCAGACCAUCAAUACUUAACCAUACAGUGAAGGAGCAGCACAAAAACAGGUUCCCAUUACGCACUGUUAGGAAAUCUCCAGUUUGUUUAGCCCCUAAAAACAGCCAGAACAAGAAACCACCAGCUAGUUCUAGUGACACAGAUCAAUCAGAAUCCCCACUAACAACAGAUAGCAAGUCUGAUACAGUGACAAGUCAUACAGCCGCGACACCUUUGGUUACAGAAUCCAAUAAGACUUCAAGUGUGAGUUGUUCAAGCAGUGACCCGAAAACUACAGUGACAUCUACAGGCCUUAAUCCAAUCUCCUCUCAUUCUGUCAGUGAAAGUGAGGACCAGGCUGCCAAAAAGCAUACAGUUAACCCCAUGUUUAACACUGGUGGAUAUCCGUUCCCUUAUCAACCCAUGUACUAUCCAAGCAUGCUGACUCACAUCCACUCAUAUGCUCCAAUGCCCAGUCCCAGCUUUCAGUUUCCUUGGGCUCAUAUGCCCUACAUGCAUAGCUUUCAGGACCCAUCGUACCAGCCUGGGAACUCAAGUCAGUUGCUUUUGGAUCUUUCCACUAAACGAACAUCAUCUGAAGUGAAGAGAAACGGUAGCAGUGUUCAGACACUAGUGAGGGCAGUAGCUAGCAAUGUUGGAAUAGCUAAGCCUGUGAAACGCAGUUCUUCAUUGUCCAGUCUGGAAAAUGUCACCAAUGGACAGGCAAGCAAAAUUGCUAAAACUGAGGCAUGCAAAGCAAACACAUCUACCCAUUAUACAACGGUUUCCAAUAACAUGCCACAUCGGGUAGACAAAAGUGUUAAUUUGAAAAGUGUUGGCUUAAAAGAGGGCCAAACUCCCUACAUUACACUUGCUGGAACAACAACUCAAAACAAUCUCCAUGCUUUGAAACAGCUAAUAACCAACAUAAGACCCCAGCCAGUAAUGGCCACCAGUAGUCCACUGACGAUAGCCAGAGCUCAGAGUCAUACAUCGUCCAAGAUUGUACCACAAUCAACACAAACAUGCUUAGCAACCUCAAGUGCACAAAAAACUAAUGCUCCAACAGAGAAUACAUCUGCAAGUGUGAAGGCUGAAACAUUUAGAUCAGUUGUAGAGCACGAAACUAUAGCUUCCUCCAAAGCUUUCCCAUAUAGUCAGCACAUCCCUCUACCUGAUGGAAGGUGUCCAGUGGCCAACAUCAGUGUGGACCAUGCAGUUCUUGGUACUUUCAAUCAGUCUGUGUCAAUAACUUUACAAAGGCAAGAAGCAAAGCCAGAUGUAUCUGGUGCAAGUCAAUCUGUUCAUGUAUCAGACAGGAAUUCAAAGUCAAUUGGCAAUGUUACUAAGGCUUCUGGGCAGGGUACAUCGCAUGUACAGCAAUACAGAACUGAUGGAACCUGUGUAACAUCUUCUAUUGUUGAAAUGAACAGAGAUCCUAAGAUGAAGCAAGUUAAGAUCAAACUAGAUAAACACAGUAGUGGAAGUUUCCUAGCUGAGCUUCUGAAACUGAAGGCUGGAGCCCCUGUGUCCAGUCCACAAAAUCCUGAUAAUUGCAGUGUCAAUCAGCUAGAGUCACUGGGUUCAGGUGAUACAAGAAAAAUGGAAACAAGCAAAGCAGAUAAUAGAGCUCAUGCCUCCGCAAGUUAUCACAGAAUGCUUUUGCCAAAAUCCCAUGUAACAGCUAGAAACCUUUUAGCAAACACAAGUUUACCGAUGCAACCAAAGGUACCCUCAACAAUGAUUGCCUCCUUUCCCGUAUCAUCUGGACAGACAAGCAGCAGUAGAGUAUACUCAAAUGUUAAGCAAGGAUCCUAUGCAACACUCCCUGUUCGAUCCUACUCGCUAAGCGACAUUGGACAAGACAUGCCAAGUCAUUCAGUGUUAAAAACAAAUCCUAGACAGUAUGAGCUGGCAUCAACCUCUGGCAGAGUGAAUGUUCCACAGUUUGGCAGUGUUGCCAGCAGCAAUUUCAUAUCCCAGCAUGGUUCUGAGCUUAAGGGAGAUGGUUAUUCAAAUAACCCUGGUGCAAGAUCAUCUGUGUCAAUGUCAGAUGCAAGCGACCGAGCACUUCUCUUUGCUCUUAAAGAAAGGCUACAAAAUGUUCACAGAACACUGAAGGAAAGCCAGUUGAAUUGCCCUGACAGCAAUUCAUUCUCUGAUUCUAAUGUAGAGCAAAAAUGCGCCUUACCAAAACCAAAGACACCCAGCUUAAGCAGUCUACAUCUUCAUCAAUCUAAUAUGAAGCCAAUUGAACCUUGCAGCAAAGUGCAGUCCGACUGUAAUGAGCAUCCCUCCAUGUCUAGGUCGUUCAGCUCGUCUCAUGUCAGUGACCUGUAUGUCAGCGAGGGCUCAGGUGGGUCUUCAGUGCAGGUGUCACCAUACCUGGUGGGCAUGCUGCCUGACAAGAUGUCUGGCUCAGACUUGGAAAAUGAUGAUGUGUUUGAUUAAUUGUUCUGCUUGAAAAUGAACAUUUGUUUUGUUAAUUGUUAUAUAGUUGUUUUGAAAUAAUGGUUCUAUUAAUGAAUGAAUAAUGAGCUUAACGUUUACAUCAUGUAUUUUUUUAACAAAAAGAAGUGUUGCUAGUUGAAAGUGUAGUCCCUGAGGAAAUUUAAUGAAUUAUGUUUAUUGCCUUUUUAUAAGGGACAUCUUGUUGUAGAGUUGACGUAUUAAGCGUACACUCAUUUGCAGCUUACAGCUAUACAGAUCAACUGUAAAAAGGCGAAAUCUUGAUUCAUUAUUUGCUGUAAAUUAUAUACAGACUAUUGUUUUUGCAAUCAAUAUCACAAUAUUUGGCUGUAGAAUGUGUUUUUGCUUAAUAUUUUCUGUAUGUUUUUAUGUCCUGGAUCCUCUUCUAACAAACUCUUGGUUUACUUCUUAUAGUCCUAGAAAUGGAAGAUAGAAAUGAGGGAAACAUAGAAGUAACUCAAUCAUGCACAUACUUUGUUAAUUGAAAUCGGUUGUUGUUGAGGAAUGUUCAGUACCAUAAUCAUGACAGGAAAAUUGCCAUUUGGUAAGAUCACUAAUGUGUAACCUUUUAACUAUCACAGUGGAGAUGUAAACACAUCUUGUGAAUAAAUCAACUUCUUGU